GCGGCCGCUCAUUCGUUUAUUGACAGCUGAAACUGUCAACAAACGGGAAUACUGCUCGUAUCAAUACGACCGACCAGCCGGCGAACUGUGCCACCAUUCACACUCACGACGAAACGCGGAUAGCACGUGGCUGUCUAAUAUUAGAGCGACUACGCUUCUAAACAUCGCGCAGUAUUAUUUAGUGUUCGCCCACAUGGACAAGUCUGUCGGCUUAUAAUAUAUAAAUGUUUAUUUUAAACGAUUUUGGAACAACCAGCAAUGACCAUCAGCCUCAAGUGGAGAGAAUAUGUGGCCGCCCUCAGUGCAACUUUAAUAACGGCGGCGGCUGGCACGACUGUCGGGUGGACCUCGCCGACCCUACCGAUACUCCUGGCCAAAGAUUCUCCUAUACAAACAUCAGCCGAUCAGAGCUCAUGGAUCGCCUCGCUUAUGAUUCUGUUUUCAGCCGUCAGUCCUAUUCCCGCCUCGUAUCUCGCAGACAGAAUAGGCACAAAACGGACGCUGCUUCUAGCUGCCAUUCCUUACAUCAUUGGCUGGAUCCUCGUUAUGCUGGCGGCUAAUGUCCCCACCAUAUAUGCCGCACGCCUUAUCUCUGGCCUCGGCUACGGAAUCGCAUACACAGCUGCCCCUAUGUAUCUCGGUGAAAUAGCUUCAAAUGAAGUACGAGGAGCCAUGGCUACACUUAUCACUGUGAUGUCGAAGUUCGGAAUCCUGUCCCAGUACUGCAUUGGACCAUACGUUUCCAUGUUGGGGUUAGCGAGCUUCAAUAUAGCAAUACCAAUACUUUUUGUGGUUACAUUCAGCACAAUGCCAGAAUCGCCAUAUUAUUAUAUUAAAACAGGAGACACAAACAGAGCCGAGAAGUCAUUGAAACAACUUCGAGGAAGAUAUUAUAUUAACGAAGAAUUAGAAAGUAUGACUCAUUUGGUCAACGAAAAUAUGAAAGAUAAAAGUCGUUGGAAAGACUUGUUCGUUGUUGGUGGAAAUAGAAAAGGGCUUAUUUUAUUAUUCGGAAUAUAUUUUACUCAACAAUUUUGUGGGAGUACCGCUAUAAUAUCGUAUGCUCAACAAAUAUUUGGUGCUGCUGAAGGCGGCUUAGGAGCUAAGGAGUCUUGCAUAUUAUUUGGCACAGUGCAGUUGCUGACGUCAGCGAUAUCUUCACAAUUAGUGGAUAGGUUAGGGAGAAAGCCACUUCUAUUGGUGUCGUCGUGUGGAGUUGGACUGGCAAAUGUAAUUAUAGGCGCAUAUUUUUUUAUGAAAUAUGAAAACAAUGAGCUCGUUUCUGCUUUGAAGUUCAUUCCUAUCGUUGUGAUACCAAUUUUCAUAUUUUCAUAUACCAUAGGAUUAGCUACUGUACCUUUCGCUAUAACAUCAGAAAUAUUUCCAACGAACAUAAAGUCAAAAGCGACUUGUGUUAUUCAAAUAUUUGUAGCAUUAAUGACAUUUGCUGUUACAAAGUUGUAUCAAGUGAUUGCAGACAAUUUAGGAAAUUAUGUUGCGUUUUGGUGUUUUGGGUUAUUAUCAAUGGGAGGUGUUGUUUUUAUAUUAAUAUUACUACCGGAAACAAAAGGUCAGUCGUUCGCUGCUAUACAAGAAAAGUUACACUCGAAUGACAAAGUUAAAUAUGAAAAACGAGAUGACCACGCGGGAAGCGUCAGAAUUUUGUGAUAACAUAUUUAUAUAGUACAACGUCUUUAAUUAAUGUAAUAGUAACUUGUACUUAAUAUUAUUUACAUUUCCGUCCAUCAUAAUGUCUUAAUCAUUCCGAUGUUUCAAUAUAGCUUGCGUUAGAUCUGAGAACGAGAAAUGAACAUCACGCUUCAUAAUUAUUUUAAUACAAGAAAUAUGUUUAAUUACUCCAAUAAUAAAUAUAGGUUCUUUUUUAAAUUACGUUAUAACGAAACCUUAGCAUUAUAACGUAAUAAUUAACCUACCUGUUACUGUUAAAACUUUACCUCCAAUUUUAAGGAAAGGUAAUAAGUAAAAACGUUUUGUUUUACAUAUUUAUCAAGCAAUUGUUAUUUUCAUUAAAUAUAUUUAUAUAUAAUAGAUUUGUAGAAACAAUAGUAUAUUUAAAUGUUUGCGUUAUCUCUUUAGCGGUUGGAGUUAUUGAAGUAUUCCAAUAACUCACCGUGUGGUAUGAAUGUAAGUACUAAAGCCUUGCCAAAUUACAAUAGAAAAUAAAUCUAGAGCCUAUUCCAACCACAAGAGGAGUGAACACAAAUAAACAACUUUGACAUUGAAUUGACGUGAUAUCAUUAGUCGAGGUCUCGAAUAGUCUAUGAUUUUAAUUAUGAAUUCGCGAAAAAAUGCCGCUUUAAAUGUCGGCGAAUUUGUUGAAACUUUUGAUGGAAAAUUAAAGUGGUUAUAAAUAGUUCAGUGGAAUUAUAUUGUAAUAUAAUUAAAGAUACAUUGAACAAGAAGUUUUAGAAUUUUAUCAAAAAGUAAUAAUUAAUUAAUGUUUUAAAAGUGUAAAAUGACAACGUGAUUGAAGUGCCUGUGUAGUAUAAAAAUCCCUAAAUUAAUUAAGAAAAAUAAUUAUAGUCAAAAAGUAAUAUAUUGGCAAAUCGCAUAGAAUACGUAAAUAAGAUUUGUUUAUCUUAACUCCUUCUUCGGUUAGAAUAGGCUUUAGCUAAAUAGUGAAUCUCUUCCAUAAAUUUACACAUAAGUUUUGUACUUAUAAAAUGAGGAUGCGUCUGUCCUUAAAGCCAAUAAUAAUUUGAUAUAAUAAUAUGCAUUAUAAUCGAUUAUGUACUUAAGUGUAUUUUAUUUAUUGAGUAAUAAUAAUGUUAAAAUACAUUAAUUGUGAUAUAAAGUCUCGCCUCGUUUGUGUAUUUUAAAAAUACGAUGAAUAAACUUAGAAUACAAAAUAGUUAGUAUAUAACAAUAUUAAAUAGUGAAUGCAUUUUUAAAUUGUGAUGUUCAAUCAUUCCCAGUGCCUUAAUGUCAAGUGCCAUUUAAAUAUUUGGUAUAAUUUUAUAAAUACAUGUUACAAGCGUCCAAAUAUUUUUAAUAUUAAUAUAUUACAAAUUUUUUAGUAUA